AUGGCUGCAGUGGCAACAAGCACCAAUGCCCGGCCCCCUGGCUCUUACAUGGCCAACAGUGAUGGCGCCAACACGCUGCCCAGGCGAGGCCUGGCGCACCUCGUCGACAAGUUUGAGACGCUCGACAAGGCCAACAACGGUGGUGCGCCUCGCAGGAAGCUUAGCAAUCCCCGACAGCAGGGGGCGGGUUUGACGGCCAGCAAAACCAUGUCGUCACUGAACUCGCUCCAAGACAACCGACGUUAUCUCGAAAAUGCCCCGUAUAGAAAGGAUGAAAGGCUUGAAUUACUACCCGCGGCGGCUGAACCAGGACGGACCAACAUCUCACCCUGGAAACCACAUGUCGCUCCGCCCAAAAAUGCCCAUCACAGGGAUCGCCUUUCAACUGUGGCAGAGACGAGAAAGAUUUUUGAGUCUGAGGAGCCCGCGCCGAAGGCUAACCUAGACACCCAAGGCUUCAACUAA